ACAUAGUGGACAUGCCUUGCACUUCUUGUCGCAGACCAAAUGUAAAACUUCUUUCCAAAAUUUUGACUGCCCAAUAAUUUCCAACACACAACAUGCCUGGACUAAAAGUCGUCGCCCUGAUCUCGGGAGGAAAGGACUCCUUCUUCUCAAUCCUACACUGCAAUGCAAAUGGCCAUGAAGUCGUCGCGCUCGCAAACCUGCACCCGCCGACUCAAGAUGGCGAGCGCUCCGAAGAUAUCGACAGCUACAUGUAUCAAACCAUAGGCCACACCGUCAUCCCACUCUAUGAACAAGCACUAGGCCUUCCACUCUACAGGCAAGAGAUUCUUGGAGGAGCCGUUGAUCAAAAUAAGAGUUAUGCUUCUCCUGCUGCUGUGCAAGGUGAGCAGGAUGAAACGGAGAGUCUAGUGCCGCUGUUGCGUAAAGUCAUGGCUGCGCACCCAGAGGUCAAUGCCGUUUGUACUGGAGCUAUUCUAUCGGAUUACCAACGUACGAGAGUGGAGUCUGUGGCUAUUAGACUGGGUCUGGUGCCUCUGUCUUAUCUUUGGCAGUAUCCUUUCCUGCCACCGUAUGCCGAGACCUCCUUACUGGACGAUAUGGCUGCUGCCGGACAGGAUGCUCGUAUCAUCAAGGUCGCCUCUGGAGGACUUGAUGAUGGCUUCCUUUGGGAGAAUGUAGCCAGUUAUCGCACAAAGACUAGACUUGUGAGAGCUAUGGAGCGCUUUGGUAUCAUCGGUGAUGGUGCUGCGCUUGGCGAGGGAGGAGAAUUUGAGACACUGGCUAUAGAAGGACCAUGGCCUUUGUGGAAGAACUCUAUUCAGAUUGAAGAUGGUGACAGAGUGAUUGUCGCUGGAGAGGCUGGUGCUGCAUCCCUGAAGAUCAAAGGCGCUCGUCUGGUGCCAAAGGAACCAUCUUCGGACUUCUCAUACGAGCAAUUACGGAAACCGACAACCUUGGAUGACAAGUUUGCAGCUCUUGCGUUAAAGUUGAAAUUCAGCGUCGAUGACACUUCUGGAUCUUCGGAUGAGUUAUCAGAGAAGAAAGAAGCCUUGAGCUCGGCCUCUGGAUGGACGAAGCAGACCACAGACACCUGCACUAUCAUAUCGAAUGCCAUGGCAGAAGGUGCUUCAGCAGGAGAGCAGAUGACCAUCAUCAUGACCCAACUCACCAAAGACCACAACAUCAAGCCUUCGUCAAUCGCCUUUACAACAAUCCUCCUACGAAGCAUGUCCGAGUUUGGCGCAGUAAAUCUUGCGUACGGGUCCCACUUUACAACGCCAAACCCACCCGCCAGAGUCACAAUCGCGUGCGGCAGCUCACUACCAGCUGAUGUCCACGUUUCGUUAUCUGUCAUAGUCCUUCACGAUGAGGUGGCAGCAUUGAAGCAAGGUCUUCACGUUCAGUCUCGCUCCUAUUGGGCACCAGCAAAUAUCGGUCCUUACUCCCAAGCCAUCACCAUGCCUCCAUCCCCUGAAACUCAAAUCCCACAACUCGUCCACAUCGCCGGGCAAAUACCUCUCCAUGCACCAACCAUGGAGUUUCCCGAACAAGGGUACAUGAGUCCAACACAACACUUCGCAGCCCAAGCAACCCUAUCCCUUCAACAUCUCUGGCGCAUAGCUCAAAUCACCCACGUCACAAACUUCCUCGGCGCCGUCGCUUUCAUCUCCUCCACAUCCUUUGUACCAGCAUCUUCACGCGUAGCCACAGCGCUUCGCACUUGGAAGCUCGCUCACGAAGUCCCGGUGACUGAUGCAGAAGAUGAGGAAUCUGAAGAUGUGGAUGUUUGGGAUAGACAGCAGUUUGGCAGUACUGGGACGGUAAAAACGAGUACACAGAGGAGGGACAUUGUUAACGCGUCAGUUCCGCCGUGUUUUGUGGCUGAGGUGGAGGGGUUGCCUAGGGAUGCGGUGGUGGAGUGGGCGAGUACGGGGGUCAAGGGGUGUGAAGGUGCAGUGCAGACUAAAGAAACGAAGGAGGGUGUCUGCACGAGACAGACUUUGGAUAUCAAGGUCGGGCUAGAGGAAGUCACUAUGGCUGGUUGGGUCGCUGUUGACAGUGUCGAUGAGUUGAGCAAGGUGGAGAUCCCAUCUUCAUACGUCUGCACUGUUUACACGACCCAGAUUCUACCUGAAGCGUGGGUCAAGCAGAGACAGCCAACAAUUGUUCCCUGCUACAGACUCUGGGAUGGCCAGGGAGUGAAGGUGGCAGUUGUUGUGACAUACAGACAACAGUAACGCCAGGCGCGGUUGUCAGACGUCAAUGAGUUAAGGGGGUAUAUAACA